AGAUGUAUAUAAUCCCGGAGUUGACCCAGAAAACAGGCACUCGUUUUAGGAUCUGAUGCGGCAGCCUUUUGUCCAUCGUUCCUGCUCUAGUAUGAAGCUUAACCUUUUGGAAUAUACCCUGUGAUCCGUCGGCAGAUUCGCAGCACAUUGACAAACCCAACAUUAUUUCUACUAGCUGCGGCAAAGUCAUUGAACUUUGUUAACAGGCGAGAACAAGGGGAGAAGCCAUUGUGGAGCGCAUGAUGAUGCCCAUGACCCACAGCGCCUCCAAUGGAGCCAUCCACGGGUACCGCAUGGGGAUGAACGGCAGCCUCCAGCCGGGCCCUCAGCCGCAGCACGCCGUUCAGCCCGGCAUGAGGGCCCUCCCCAACGGGCAGAUGAUGCACUACGGCGGCGGGCCCCAGGCCAACAUGGAGGCCGCCAUCCGCCAGAGGCCCAACCUGGUCGGGGCCAUGAACGGCCAGAUGAACGGCACUCCCAUGGGGCACCACCAAAUGGCAGCUGGCAACAUGAUGUACAGCGGCCAGGGGCAGCCACCUCAGCAGCAGCAGCAGCAGCAGCAGCACCCACACCACCCACAGCAGCAGGUACUCCACCAGCAACAGCAGCACCAGCAACAACAGCAGCAGCACCACCACAUGCAUCCGCACCAGCAGCAGCAGAUGCAGCAGCACCAACAGCAGCAACAGACUCACCCUAACCAUCACCACCAACAGCAGCAGCAGCAGCACCACCAACAACAACAACAACAACAACAGCAACAGCCGCAACAACAACAACAACAACAGCAGCAACAACAGUAUGUGGGCACAGGUAUCCCCACCCCACAGCUCAUGGCCAGCAUACACCUGCAGAAGCUCAACACCCAGUACCAAAGCCACCCCAUGGGCCCCAUGAACGGGAACCACAUGGCCAACGGGGUCCAGUUCCGCAUGGGCCCGGCCCAGCUGGCCAGCAUGCAGCACAUGGCGGGGCCGGCGCUGGGACUCAGCGUCAUGGACGCGGACCUGAUCGACGAGGAGGUGCUGACGGCGCUGGUCAUGGAGCUGGGCCUGGACCGCGUGCAGGAGCUGCCCGAGCUCUUCCUGGGACAGAACGAGUUUGACUUUUUCUCGGACUUUGUGAGCAAACAGCAGCCGAGCACGGUGAGUUGCUGAGAAGUUGGGACGUUUUUUCCAGUGCUGGGGGAGAAGGGGGAUGAUCCCCCCCCCCCCCCCUCUCAGGAGGGCGGUGGGCAUGGUAACGGGCACUAAGAGAAGCAGAAGAGUGUGGCAGAAUGAGAGUGGCAACAAAGGCGGAUCGGCGUUGUUUUUUUCUCCUCGCUUUGGUGGCACACUCGCCCUGCCCGGCCUGCCUGUCAAAUGUCUGCGGAGGAUGGGGAGGGGAAGGGGGGGUUGUGAGCAUGGGACCGUGUCCGUUUUUAGUCCCGUAGCUGCGGGGAGGACUCUCUUUUGCUCAGGCUGCAGUUUUUCCAAGUCUGGCUUGAGGAUCGAGAGAACCGCCCCUCUCGCGGCUCCCUCCUGCCUUCUCCCAGGAAGGAUAUGAAUGUAAAAUACAAAGGGAGCAGUUGCCAUACGCCCCUCGACGCAAUGACCAGACUCUGUCCACUCGUCCCACCUCCCGCGGAUGUCGAGUCUUCACUGCAGUUUUACAUUAAAAUGUAUUUAUUUCUGUCGCUCACAGACUCACAAAGUGAGACAAGCCAGAGACUCAAAGAAAGAGAAAGCAAAUGAUAGAACUUGAAACAAAUAAGGUUUAUGGAAGAGAUCUAUGUUUUUAACAGUGAUUUUGAUGAAAUGUCACUUUAAAAAAACUGAGUAGAGGUCUCUUCGGGGGGGUUUAAAGAAAUUGGUUUGGACUAGGCUGUGAAGGUGUGUUUUUCUGAAUAGACCGAUUGAGUCACGGAUAGAUUUUAUUGGCAGCGUCAACAGCUAAAAAAACAAAAAAAAACGAAUGACUUCAUCUUCUCGUCAUCUCACUGGGCCACCAACCUGAUCUCGGCAGUAUCAUCAACCACUUGCUCCUCCCGUUAACAAACAUGGCUGUGACUGGCCUAGUUCGUAGUUCUCGCAGUGGAUGGAGAAGGUGCCACAGAUUCUGCCUUAACCGAGCAGCUGUUUUUAUUUAUUGAACUCCCUGGUCCUUUCAGAUCACGGCCAGACUCAAUCCAUGUGUGACUUCAGGAUGUGGCGAUCAAUAAAGUCGGCCUAGUUUAACUGUGGCCUCUUUUUUGCAUUCAUCACGAAGACCUUAUCUGAGGAAAGAGGGUGGAACAUGCCAAAUGCUGAGAUUAACUAUUGAUGUAGUACCUAUAUACUUGUGAAGGAAAAAAAAAAAGAAAAAAAUGCUUUAUAUCGUGACCCUCUCUUUGCGGUAUGGAGUGAGGACUGGUGACUGCACGGGCCUUCAGCUGAGUCUUGGCUCCUUCAGUAGGGCACACUCUCUAUUGGGGGUCACUAUUAGGUUCUCAAACACAGGACCUCUGCCCAUUUCUGUCCAAGUCAAGGAAACGAAAUGCAACUGGCUCAUUUUAUUUAUCCUCAUAAGAAAUUCAUUUACACAGUCUGGUUUUAAUGUGGUUGGGAGAGAGAAUAGAGUUACGGAAAUAUUUGAUGUGUUGUCAUUUUGUCUGUUGCAGUCAAUGCUCAGUUUUUGACACAAAAAAAACUAAAAAAAAAAAAAAGCCUUCAAGUCAGAUUAAGACAAGCUGGGAAUGACCAAUUUAGUUUUUGUUAGAACUACACUGCUUGAUCAUGUCCAUGUGCGUUGGUCCUUCCACCUGCAGGCCCUGCUCUGGUGUACUCUUGUUGUUGAGUGUAGCCGUGUAGAGGUGCAUGUCUUGUCCAGCCGUGAGGAACUGACCAGAGGGUUGCUGACACUGGACUACUGAAUGAGCAAACCCUCCAGUCCUGGUCAUGUUAAUGUAAUAAUAAAAGGAGCGUUUGGGGGAGUGGUGGGGGGUGGAAAGUGAGACUCGUGCGUGUGUGUGUGUGUGUGUGUGUACACACACCGAGGGUUAAUCUGUUAUUACCUGGAAAACACACAAGCAUGCACAAAAACACACACACACAGUCUUAGCCAGAGGGUCAGCAGAGCUCUGGCCAGCAUUCCUCCCAGUCUUGCUGGGCUUGUAAGCCAGAGGGUUGGGGGAGGUGGACAUGCCUGCAGAGCUGUUCCCCACCCCCACCUCCACUGAUCAUUUCCUGUGGCGUUGGGUGGGUGGAUACAGGAAGUCGUGGAACAGAGUCAACAUGGGAUCCUUUUGAAGCGUGAGCUUGACUCUAAAUGGUUUAAUGGUAGAGAAUGGCUCAGGGCAACUCAGACCCUCUUUAAAACUGCAAACAGAUUAGCUUCGCGCAGUCUUUCCCUCCCUCACCCACACGCUCUCUCUCUCUCUCUCUCUCUCCCUCUCCCUGUCUCUCCUCUCUCUCCUUGACCUCUUUCUCUGACUGACUGAACAUCCACCAUCACCACCACCACCACCAGUGUAGAGAGGUAGGCAGGGCUGUACAGUGUGUGUAGGGUCUGCCGGUAGACUUGCCUUGGUGUCUUGUCUGUGCCUCUGGUGUGGACGUGCUUGAUUGUCGGCAUACUGCAGAAGCAGAGGGCUUUUGCUAUCCUUUCACCUGAUUGUCUUGCCAUAUCUUUGCUGCUUGAGGGGUCACAAAUGGGGUCGCGCCAGCGUACGGAAAGACCGGGGCUUUUGGGAACUACCACACAGCUGGCUGGUUCAUAUUCUCUUGUUAUGUUACUUUUGGUUGGAAGAUGAUGUAUUUAUUUUAAGCAAUAAUAAAAUAUUUAUUUAAUGAAAACAAAAAAAAA